AUGAUUUAUUCAGUUUUGCCAAAAACUGAAAAUUAUAUACCGUCUUGUUGGACAAAUUUGUCGUCAAACAGUUCCAUCAGUUGCGUGAUGCGACGUCGAUGCAUCUUUCCCUUUAGGAAGAAUUUCAAGAUCGUUAAUUAUUUUCUUUUUUGACGUUCAUGUGAAUAGGAAGUCUGAUACCGUUGCUUUCAGAAACUUCAGAACUGAACGGUCAAGGGAUUGUGAGGAAUCAUGGGUAAUUUUAAGGGCCACGCCCUGCCUGGAAGCAUGUUCCUGAUGGUGGGCCUAUGGUGGGCGGGGAAGUCGUCCUUUUGGUAUGCCGCACGCAGAAAGAAGAGUGCAGGACUCCUGACCAGCAGGGCUGCUCAGCGCCGCCUGGAGGUCAUUGAGGGCGUUACCAUUUUGUCCUUCUCUGUGAUUGGGAUGCUGGCGGAACAGUUUGCUGCAGAUGGGCCACAGCUACAUCUCUAUGACUAUGCCGAGCAUCAGUGGGACCACCUGAUGAACUGGCAGCAUGCCACCAUGUACCUGUUCUUUGGCCUGGCAGGGGGCGUGUCUGUGGCCGUCCAUACCACUGGCUCUGCCCCGCUUGCCCUGGACCGCAUGCUGCUAGGCGUGGCAUUCUUCACUGAGGGGUUUCUGUUUUUGUACCACCUGCACGGGCGAGCCAUGCUGGACAUACACAUUCACCAGCUGCUGCUCUAUGCCAUCUUCGGAGGGGCAGCUACCGCUUUCCUGGAGGUCUUCCACAGGGGCAAUGUCUUACUGGAGCUGCUGAGAGCCUCCUUCUGUCUGCUGCAGGGCAGCUGGUUCUGGCAGAUUGCCUUUGUGCUUUACCCACCCAGUGGGGUGGCAGAGUGGGACCUGAAGGACCACAGCAACAUGAUGUUCAUCACCACGUGCUACUGCUGGCACUUUGCCUUCUCCCUGCUCACUGUGACUGUAGUCUACUGCACCGCCUGCUGGGUUGUACAUUCUAAGCUGAAGAGGACUCCCUCAAUGGAAAUGGGACUUUUGAAAACCACAGACAAGGAGCAGGAGUCCGAAGAUGAGAUCUAAUGGCUGCCCCCUCCCACCUCGCUCUCACAUACAAACACACUAAUGCGCACACACACACACACACACACACACACACACACACACACACACACGCACACACUGCUACGUGCAUACAUACACCUGUGCACACGCACACCCUCAUACACACACAUGCUCACAUCACUCCACACUGGGUCUCAGGAUGAGAGAAGCUAAUCAUCUGUCUGGUGCUCUGAGUACAUGGUUCCUUGGAGAGCCCCAGACCCUGCCUUCAUGUCUCACCAGAGCAGGGAUGAAUUCUUCUGCUCCCUGGCGUGGGAAUGUGAUUCAUUAGAGGCAGAGUGCAAUCCAUUGCUUUCCUGGCCCAGUGAUAGAGCCCUUUCAUUGAAGCAUGUUUCUAGAAUUUUGUCCCACACAAGAGCCCUCUCCCAAAAUGGCAUACACGUACAAAAAGAUUAACCACAUUCUAUUUAAGGUACAUUCAUUGGUAUUUCAUUCGAUGUUCUCAGCAUUUUUAAGGAAUUUAUUUGGCAGCUACAGUACAGCUAAGACUAUAUAUGUGUCCAAACAGGUCUAUGAUACACCAUCAAGUUCAAAAUCCAUGUUUUGAAAGACAUCAGCUGUCCUUUGACAGCCAUCAAUGUUGUAAUUGUUUUCUUUUUUUAAGUGUCAUGUUGGCGUCCAGAACACAGACAUUGUGCAUAAAGACAAUCAAAAUCAUGUUUUUAGUAGUCAUAUAUAAUGAACCGAAGAAAACAAAUGAUGUAAUAGUUAGCCUUUAUUCAAAUUUUUCAGUUGUUCAGAAGGAUUAGCCUUUGGCCAUUUUGGAAACCAUGUCUAUUGUAUAAUUAACAUUAAAUUAACAUUUAAAUUAUAACCAGUCAGCGGCGUGAAUGUUUAGUGGACUGCCAAUCAGAAGUGAACUUGAAGUGAAUAUCCAUACAGGACCCACCUUGUCAGACCACCUGUGCUCAUGUGUAGAAAUGACAGACUUUAGAUCAAAAGGAAAUUUGACUUUUUUUUGUCGAUAAAUUUGUCUUAAUCUUGUGGCAUAAUAAAGACUUAAACUGCA